UUAGAAUGAGACUCCGCCCUUUUUGCAACAUCUGGGAGCACAGCAAUGUCUCCCCUUUUUCCAUUUCUUUUCUCAUCCCGGGAGGGAGUGAGACGGAGAAAAUUGUUCACUUACAGCAAUUCAAAGUACUGGAAGUCAAUCCAGUGAAGGAACCGACUGUCCAAAAGUUGUUUCAGUCACUCGAUUCUUCGGGACUUGAAAUUCAUUGGCCUGCGAAUCUAGAAGGAGAAACAUUUGACAAGUUUUGAUGCUUCACAAGUUUUGAAACAUCAUUGUGACCAGGAAAGAGCCAGGAAAUGACCUCUGAGUGGGGGUGAGAAUAUUCCAGCAUAGAUUCUGUGGAAAGGGCUUUAAAGAGCUAAACCACCAUAGUAAGCUAUACAUCAUUUAACAGCGAGGAGAGACUGUACAUGUGUUCUGUUGAUGAGACUCGAACUGAACAUCAGAUACAACGACAGCUGCAACAUGAUGAAACCAUGGAAAUGUGAGGACUGUGGGAAGGACUUCUGUACCCCAUCUGCACUGGAAACACAUCAACGCUGUCACACUGGGGAGAUGCCAUUCACCUGCUCUGAGUGUGGGAAGGGAUUCACUCAGUCAUCCAACUUGCUGAGACAUCAGCGCGUUCACACUGGGGAGCGGCCAUUCACUUGCUCUGAAUGUGGGAGGGGAUUCAUUGAUUCUUCCAACCUGCAGAUUCAUCAGCGAGUUCACACUGGGGAGAAGCCGUUCACCUGUUCUGAGUGUGGGAAAAGAUUUACUCAUUUAUCCAAUCUACUGAGACAUCAGCGAGUUACCCGGAGGGAGAGGCCAUUGAGCUGCCCCGAGUGUGGGAAGGUGCUUCGUGAUUCAUACAGCCUGCGCAUGCACCAGCGAGUUCACACAGGGGAGAAGCCAUUCACAUGUUCUGAGUGUGGGAAGGGAUUCACUCAGUCAUCCAACCUGCUGCGACACCAGCGAAUUCACAAGUGAUGACAGGGUUUGGAUUCUGCUGUUAAUCACACCCAGGUCUGAACCAUGGUCACUCUGACACUUAGCAAAAGGGAAGGGUCAGAGUGUUUCACAACUUUUGUCCAAUGAGUUGAUUCUUGAGUAUUUUGUUCUGAAAAUUGUCUUAUGUGUGAUCACGUGGAUCAUUGAUGCAGUAAAUACUUUGAAGGUAUGUAGCAUGUAACUUGCAUUUCUGUUUGGAACUGCAUACAGCACAUCAUGUGGCCCGAGAUAUAGCUUGUGGGACUGACCAGGUUCUUUUAGUGAACAUAUUUUAGGUUUCUCAUGGCAGGCUGUUGCAGAUUUGCUCUUGGGUAAUCUGUAGCUUGAUUGGUGGAGUUUCUGAGGGGAAAUAAAGCAAGGCAAUUUGCCUAGCUUGGAUUGGGCGGUGAUGGUGGUGGGGGUGGGGAGGAAUAAGCCUGAGAGGUGACUUCAGUGUCGCAGUGAGCUUUGUGGCAGGAAGUAGCCAGUUCAAUAGUUAACAACAAACUAAAGAACUGCAGAUGCUGGAAAUCAGGAACAGAAAUUACUGGAAAAAGUCAGCAAAUCUGGUAGCAUCUCUGGAGAGAAAACAGAGUUAAUGUUUCAGAUCCAGUGACCCUUCUUCAGUUCUCACAGAUAUCUCGAUUGCCACAAACCAUUAGGAACAAACCCACACAGGAGCUGGAAAGCAAAAUCGUGGGGAGAAGGAGUGAACAGGAAUCAUAUUAUCAUGGAAAAGGUGGCAGAAAUGAAAGAACAGAUUUUCAUUGAAAUGCUGAGAAAUGUAGUGCAGAAGAUGGAAUUGAGUGAAAAGAACUGAUUGUGUUUUCACUGUCUUAGGGAUGAAAGUUUAAAGGCAAAUUGUCAGAGAUUAAAAAGUAAUCCAGUGAAAAUGGCUGGUGUUUCUCCAGCAAAAGUUGUACCAAAAAGUUAAAAGUUGUGAGCAACCUGCUCCUUCUAAUGGAUUCACCAUCGGGGCAAAAACAGACAGCAGGGAUUUUGGUGGAUUAAUAUUUAAAAGGAAGUAACACCAAUAUUUUUCUCUGAUAGAGGUGAGAAAGAUUGUAAGCCUGAGAGCAACUAGCUCAGCUCAGAUCUUAUUGAUAGAAGAAAAUUUCUUCAAGAGCUUACCUGUUUUAAUAGUGUAUUGUUCGUAAUUGUGUGCAAACUCCAUUGUUUAGAAUGAAUUUAGAUGAUACUCUGGUAAAUAAGUGUUAUUUUUGGUUUUAUUUCAAAAUUACAAAUGAAUGAUGUGGCUGAAUCAUUGGAAUUGACAUAAUGGGGUGUAUUGUGUUCCCACAAUCUGUGAUGGUGUCCUAUAAUUCAGGAUCUUAGUCUGUGAGUAAACAUUCCUUGCCUAUUUGUAAUCCAGCUGAGCAAAGAACUGAGUCAAAUAAAAAUACUGAUGUAUCUAC